AUGCGUUGGCCCAGCAAAGUAGGCCUCCUUUUCGGAGUCUUCUCUGCCUUGUUCACGGGGCCAGCAACAGCUGCCGAAACCCAUGUUUGUCAGCCAGGAGGAGACUCGGUGACCAAUAGUAAUUGCAUGGCAGCUGCCUCUGCUCUGCUCAUUGCUUCAACCUCGUGUGAGGGUAAAGUCAAUGUGCCCAAGGGCGUUAUUGGCGCCAAGCACGGCAAUUGCUGUGCGACUAUGUGGCGUGAUGCUGGCGCGACUGUUCACAGCCUCGAUUACCUAUCUGCAGCAUUCAUGGACAAUGUUGCUGUUUGCCAGAGAGGCUACACGAUUUUGGACGAUGGUACGAGAGUGCAGACCAAUGCCGAGGCGUGCGAGUGGGUAAAGAUCAUUGGGAGAGAUGCCAUACCUGAUGAGGAGGAGAAGCCAACCCCAGAAUUCAGAGGAAUGACUCGUCAAGCUUUGCCGGAAGAAGCUGAAUUGGCCAAGAGAGGUGCCAUCAAUGUGUGCGGCAGAGACUUCAACGACCUUAUUGAUGUCCCUGGCCUUGCUGCUAAAGGAUACGAACUUGUUCAGACGACUACGGGUAGCGGCCAGGGUUUCAGCGUACCAGCUUCAAUUUCUCAGUCGAUAUACUCGCAGCUCAUCUCGCAGGUUGAGCAUCAGGCCAGCGGCGCGGUGUCGAGACUGGCUGGCGAAUAUCUCACUCGCGAAGAAUUUUCUUACACGGCAAUGGAUCUCGCCAACAAAGCUGCCAAUUCUUGGAAUGCGGUUCGUAAUUCACUGGGCGAUUCCGUGUUGGAACAGGUGAUAAAAAAGGUGGUGACUCUUGGAAGUUUAUCCAAGUUCAAGUCUGUCUCAUACUCUCUCAGAUACGCCUCUGGCGUAGCCGUGGUGGAGUUUAUCGUCAAUAACUAUCGUCAAUAA